UUAGUCAACCUUUAAGAUAGUUAACAAAACAGUUCUCCCUCUUCGCCUACAGAUCCUUAGGAAAAUGACCUCCAAAUGUCCAUCAGGGAUGUAUUUUCAGGGAGGAAAGGACAAAAUCUUUGUCCUAACUUCUACUUCUACUAAAAAAGACAAAUCAAAAGGAAAUGAAGUUCCACCACGAUGAGGGAGUCCUCAAGCGCCACGCCUAAGGGCAGUUCUCCAAACUGCAGCCUCUAGCCACGACUGCAACCCACACCUCAUUUUCAUUUCUCCUGAGUCAGCGGACUCCAUGUCUCGGAGGACCGGGGAAGGGCUCUCUGGCUGCAGUAAACGCAUCCGGCGAUGACUGUGGUAAGCCCCUCUAUCCGCCCUCGGCAGCCAGACUCUGUGGUCACGGUUUGGAAAUCUACGCGGGAAGUGGGCUGUGGGAGGUGAAGAAGUGGUGGGUUGUGCCUCGGAGCUGUCCAAUCGAGGUGCGCCAUUCUGUGCGCACAGACCAACCUCGGAUUACCGCCUCCCUCAACCGAUUUCAGGUUCUCAGGAGAAGGCGCCCCUUUGAGCUGAGGGGGCGGGGGCGGGGGCGAGGGCGAGGCUUUCGCUGUGCCUGGUGUUGCGAGCUUCGUCAAUCGUCAGGCAGAAGGUCUCUGAAAGACAGCGGCAGGAGCCAAUCAGCGAAUCGCCUCCCUCCCGGCGCGAGCUCUAGCGCCACUGGGUAGCGGCCGUUACUGGUGGCGCGCGCGGGGACUCAAAGUAGGUCAUGGAAGACACCCAGGCUAUUAACUGGGAGGUUGAGGAAGAGGAAGAGACAGAGAUACCCAGUGGAUCCUCGGGGUGUAGCUUGGAGCCUGUAGGGCGAUUGCAUGUCUUCAGUAGUGCCCAUGGACCAGAAAAAGAUUUUCCUCUGUAUCUCGGGAAGAAUAUGGUAGGCCGAAUGCCUGAUUGCUCUGUGACCCUGCCCUUUUCGUCAAUCUCCAAACAACAUGCAGUGAUUGAAAUCUUGGCCUGGGACAAGGCACCUAUCCUUCAAGAUUGUGGGAGCCUCAAUGGUACUCAAGUCCUAAGGCCUCCUAAGGUCCUAAGGCCAGGGGUGAGUCAUCGGCUGAGGGACCAGGAGUUGAUUCUCUUUGCUGACUUGCCCUGCCAGUACCAUCGCCUGAAUGUCCCCCUGCCCUUUGUUUCCCGGGGCCCUCUAACUAUAGAAGACACACCCAGGGUACAGGGAGGAACUCAACCCCAGAGACUCCUGUUGGCUGAGGACUCGGAGGAGGAAGUAGAUUCUCCUUUAGAAAGGUGUGUGGUAAAAGAACCAAGGACCUCCCCUUUAGCUGCUGUGGUUCCAGAGAGUGAUGAAGAGGCCCCUUCCCCUGCCCUAGAUGGCCCUGGGCCACCUUUUGCCUUCAACCUGGACAGUGACACAGAUGAGGAAGAAAGUCAACAUCCAGCAUCAGGAGAGGCCUCCUCAACUGCCAGAGGAGGCUCCACUGCAGCGACAGAACAGUCUACAGCUGUGGCAACUGAAAUCCAGCUUGAAAAGGAUCAGUGUUCAGUGAAGGAGAGGAACAAUGACAUAGAAGUUGAGAAGGAUGCAAGGAAUGGGGUGGUCCCACUUGGGGUGAUUCUGGAGAGAAACCAACCUGCUGGGGAGGACAGUGACACAGUUGUGGGUGAUGAGAGCAGGUCUCCAGGAAGGCCUGCUGUAGUCUGUCUGGAAAGGGCCCAGCCUUCUGACUUCAUAGACAGUGAUACUGAUGUAGAAGAAGAGAUCCCUGCAACCCCAGCUGUAGUUCCUAUGGAGAAGAGGCACAUCUUCCAUGGAGUUAGUACAAAGAGUCCUCAGGCACCUGCCUUGGCACAUCUACAGGAGAGCCCAACUGGUAGUGAUACAGAUGUGGGGGAAGGUGAGAUCCAGCUGGCAGUCCCUCUAGAGAGAAGCCGAGCCUCUGUGGUGAUUGACAGCAAUACAGAUAAUGAGGAAGAAGUCUUAGCAGCACUCGCUUUGGCACGUCUGAAAGAGAGCCGAGCCACUACAUGGGACAGAGAUACAGAUUUUGAAGAGGACAGGGCCCAACCUGUGGCCCUUCUGGAGCAAAGCCAAACCUCUGCUGGGAGAGAUAGCGACACAGAUGUGGAGGAGGAGGGGCUCCCAAUGGAAAAGAAAGGAACUGUUUCCAAGGGUCACACAGACAAGGCACAUUCAGAAAAGAGGCAACCUCCUCUCCGAAACAGUGAUCUAGGGGUGGAUGAAGAUAAGAGCUCACUUGGGGUCCAUCUCGAGAGAAACCAUGCCUCUGCCACAGUAGACCUCAACAUACAAGUGGAGGAAAAAGUCCCACCAGGGUCAACUGUUACACUUGUGGAGAAGCAUCAGGUGCCUGUGGUAUGGACAGAUCAAACAGAUGUGGAAGUAGAAGAGGGCCAAGCAAAGCUGCCUGUGAUGCAUCUAGAGGAAUCCCAACCUCCAUCUGGGGAUGGUGAGACAGAUGCAGAGGAGGGCAUAUCCUUAGCAGCCUCAGUUGUGGCAGGUAUAAAAAGGAGCCAGCUUCCAGCAGAAAAGAAUGCUGCAGACAGGGCUGCAGCUGUUCUUGAGUGCAAGAGAGAUCUUGAGGCGAGGACCCAGGGUGAAUCACUUUGGUUACAGGUGGAGCAGGAUCUCCUCCCUGUCUCAAGGGAGAACGUUAAUGAUCUGCAGGUCACAGGCACUUUAGGGGAAUCCAUCCAGCUACAGAGAAAGGGAGCCCAGACCUCCAUAGAAGAGGAGAGAGAACCACAUAUGGACAAGACCGAGGACUCUGGAGACAACCACAGUGAUUCUGAAGACCUGGACCUACAGGCUACCCAGUGUUUUGUGGAAAGAGAGAAUCAGAGUCUGGAAGCCCAGAGCAUGGAAGAUGAAGCCACCCAGGCCUUCCUGGUUACUCUACCCCAAGAGCCUGGUCCUUCCUGUUGUAGCUUCCAGGAUACAGGUACUUUGGAUGACCCGUGGGAAGUCUUGGCAACACAGCCAUUCUGUCCAAGAGAGUCUGAGGCCUCUGAGCCCGAGCUCAUUGUUGCCCAGCUUGAUCCCCAUGGAUCUUGCCUCCCUAUACCUUGGACAAUACCACAAGCCCAACAUCCAGAGAGCCCAGUUCACAUAGAGCCAUUGGGGAUUCAGGACAGAGGGAUGAAAGACACGGGAACACCAAGAAAAGCUGCAGAGGGGGUGGCCCCUGAGAGAGGACCAUUGGACAGGGAAACCGAGAACCUGCCAGCAGGAGAACGAGAAGAUGUGAUAGGAGAAGAAGAGUUAACCAGAGGAAUGCAGGUGUUAGCUAGAGAUACUCAAGGACAAGAGUCUGACCAAAAGUGCAAGGUGAAAAGUGCAAGAAUUAAAAGGAGUAUGGAGAAUUUGAACAUAGAAAUUGAGAUACCCAGGGAAAUACAAGAGAAAGAAAUAGAAAAGCAUACUCUUGCAAGAGAAAUAUUUGAGAGAGAAACAGAGAAACUAGUACUAGAGAGAGAAGGUGAGCCAUUUGGGUUAGGAGUUGAGGUACCGGAAAGAGUACUGGAGAGAGGCCCACAGAGAGGGGAGACUGAGAAAGGGAGCCAGGACCAGGAAGGGCAAGCCUCCAGUCCAACACUAGAGCUUGGAACAGGGACAGGUGAUCAUCAGGGACUUGCUUCAACCCCAGUAGUUUCUGGGAGCCAGUCAGGUGGAGGAGAGGGAGUCCCAGUGAGCCCCAGGAGGCAGCAGAGAGGCCACUUGACUUUCGAGGUGCCACCUGCUGAGAAGGCCUCUGGGGAUGAUCAGGAAUCCACAGAUGCUUGUCAGCCUCCUGCAGUGCCUGAAGCCUCAUCCCCACACCAAAACCCCCUCCUCACUCAGAGUCAAAAACAUCCUGUGCCUCACCCUUUCCAUUCUUCCUCUCCAUCUUCUUUAGAGCCCAUUCCCAGUACCAGGCAAAACGGAAAUCAGAAAGUUCCAGACACUUCCUUGCCAAAACCCAAAGUUAGGCUCCGAGGGUCCUCCAGGAAGACACCCUUUCCAGUUUCUUCUAUAGCCCUUGAACCUCACACUGCUAUUCCCACCGACCAACCCGUCACUGCUGAGCUCACAUCUCGGGUCACUCGGGGCAGGACACAUAGGUCCUCUGUCAAGACCCCUGAACCAGUUGUCCCCACAGCCCCUGAGCUCCAGCCUUCCACCUCCAGAGACCAGCCUGUCACACCUGAGCCCACAUUGCGGAUCACUCGGGGUAGGACACAAGGGUUCUCUGUCAAAACCCCUGAACUAGUUAUCCCUACAGCCCCUGAAAUUCAGCCUUCUACCUACAAAGACCAGUCUAUCACUCCUGAGCUCAUAUCUUGGGGCAGGACACAUAAAUUUGACAAGACCCCUGAACCAGUUGUCUUCACAGCCUCUCAGCUCCAGCCUUCCUCUUCCAAAGACCAGUUUGUCAUCACUGAGUCUGUAACUGGGGCUACGCAGGAUAGGGCACGUAGGUCUUCUGUCAAGACUCCCAAAGCAAUUGUCCCCACAGCCCCUAAGCUCCAGCCUUCUACUUCCAAGGACCAGCCUGUCACCCCUGAGCCUACAUCUCGAGUCACUCGGAGCAGGACACGUGGGUCCUCUGUCAAAACCCCUGAACCAAUUGUCCCCACAGCCCCUGAACUCCAGCCUACCACUUCCAAAGAUCAGUCUGUCAUCACUGAGCCCACAGCUGGGGCCACCCACAGCAGAACACAUAGGUCUUCUGUCAAGAUUCCUGAGCCAGUUGUCCCAGCAGCUCCUGAGGUCCAGUCUUCCAUCCCCACAGACCAGUCUAUCCCUAAACCCAUAUCUCAUGGCAGGACACUCAGGUCUUCUGUCAAGACCAUUGAACCAACUGUUCCCACAGCCCCUGAGCUCCAGCCUACCACCCCCAGAGGCCAGCCUGUCACCCCCAAACAUACAUCUCAGGAUAGGACACCUAGGUCUUCUAGCAAGACCCCCAAACCAGUUGUCCCCACAGUCUCUGAGCUCCAGGCUUCCACCCCCACAGACGAGCCUGUCACUCCCAAACUCACAUCUCGGGCCCCUCGAGGCAGGACGCAAAGGUCCUCUGUCAAGAUCCCCCAACCAAUUGAGUCCACAGCCUCUGACCUUGAAUCUCUCAACCCCAUAAAUCAGGUGGUCACCCCUAAGGCUAUAGCUGAGGGUGGUCGGGGUAAGACACUAAAGUCUACAAUAAGUGCUGUGUCAGUUCUUACCACCCCUGAAUCCCAAUCUCUUGUCCCCACAGACCAGCCUAUUCCCCCUGAGCCAGUCCCUCAAGCCAACUGCAGCAGGAGGCUGAGGGCCACUAGGAAGCACGGGUCCUUCACAGUUCCCAUUGUCCAUGGGCCCUACUCUGCACCCCCUAAACCUAACUCUCGAUCCUCAAAGAACCAAAGACAAGGAGCAAUGAGAGCAGUUGAGUCUCUUAGGACCGUUCCCGAGUCUGCUCUUGCCCAGCUUCCAGAGGCCCCUAUUCAUGCUACCGAGAUCCAGAAGGUAGAGGCAGCAGGCAGAUCUGAGUUCACCCCAGAGUUCCAGCCUAAGCCCUCUCAGAGCUGCAAGAGGCCUUUGGCUACUGUGGAUUCACCCCCACUUCAAAAACGGCUCCAACAGAAGACCAUGUCCCUCAAGGAAGAGGAAGAAGAUUCUGCAGAGAGGCCAAAGAAGGAUGAGGAUGCAGUCAUUCCAGGAUCAGGCAAGAGAAAGAGAGACCAAACAGAGGAGGAGCCCAGGGGAAUCCCAACCCGCAGCCUUCGGCGGAUCAAACCUAACCAAGAAUCUACAGCGCCCAAAGUACUCUUCACAGGUGUGGUGGAUGCCCGUGGAGAACGGGCGGUGCUGGCCCUUGGGGGGAGUCUGGCUAGCUCAGUGGCAGAGGCUUCCCACCUGGUGACUGAUCGAGUCCGCCGCACGGUCAAGUUCCUGUGUGCCCUAGGGCGGGGGAUCCCCAUCCUCUCCCUGGACUGGCUGCACCAGUCCCGCAAGGCUGGUUGCUUCUUGCCCCCGGAUGAAUAUGUGGUGACUGAUCCUGAGCAGGAGAAGAACUUUGGCUUCAGCCUUCGAGAUGCCCUGAGCCGGGCUCGGGAGAGAAGGUUGCUGGAGGGCUAUGAGAUCCAUGUGACCCCAGGAGUCCAGCCAUCACCACCUCAAAUGGGAGAGAUCAUCAGCUGCUGCGGAGGCACUGUCCUACCCACCAUGCCCCGGUCCUAUAAGCCUCAGCGGGUUGUGAUUACAUGCUCCCAGGACUUCCAUCGAUGCUCUAUUCCAUUUCGGGUUGGGUUGCCCAUCCUCUCACCUGAGUUCCUGCUGACAGGAGUGCUGAAGCAGGAAGCCAAGCCAGAGGCCUUCAUCCUCUCCACUUUGGAAAUGUCAUCCUCAUGAAAACAUCACCACAGUACUUACUCUUUUCCCUCCCAGGCCAGUAAAUAAAAUGUUAGAAAAUAUUUGAAAGAAAAAACCUAGGGCUUUAGAAAGGAUUGGGGUAUACUGACCUGAUUUGUCUUGGAACAUGGGUGGAGAUGAAAAGACUUAUGGGUAAACAAAAAGAUAAUGAGGUUUCGAGCCACAGAUUUCUUAAAUGGCUACUUAGAGUCAGGUAAACCCAUACUCAGUUAUCAUAAGUGGCUGCUCUUAGCAGGAUUGACAUACUUACUGCUGUGUGGCACACACAGGUGUCCUCCCUCCUGUUUGGAAGUCAUCUCUUUCCCUCUUUGACUUGGAUUCUGACUCAUCCUCUGAAAGAUAGUAGAAACAAUUAGUGUCAAGAACUUGAAGGGAUGCUUAGAGUGAGUAAAUUUGAGGUUGGAGGUAUGGAAUGCUACUAAAAUAUUUUCCGUUCUCCUCACCUCAUCUUGUUAGAAGUGUUCUUUAGCUUUGACUUUGAGCAAAUCUUUGCACAUUUCUGGCCUGCUUUUCCAGUAUUUAUAAAAUUAGAGCUUAGGUUUAAUCUCUGUGAUAAAUAAAUAUUCACUCUGUGCCUUA